AUGAUGUCGUUCCUGUUCGACAAGAUGAAGAAUGCCGUCGCAGACGUCGGCGACAAGAUCAAGACAAACACUGCACUAAAGCCAGUACACAGCCACGAACACAAGUCGAAUGAGUGCUCCGACAGUGAUAGCCACCACUUACACCGCUAUCAAUCUUUUGCGCCACAGCGAGAGGGCAAUGAGGUCAAGUGGUAUGUAGAUGGGUGUAGUUACAUGUGGGCCGUGAGCAUGGCCUUGGAGCAGGCCCAGCGCGAGAUCUGGAUCCUGGAUUGGUGGCUCAGCCCAGAGCUAUAUCUGCGACGACCGCCUGCGAAGAAUGAACGGUACAGACUCGACAAGCUGUUGUUUGCUGCGGCGAAUCGUGGCGUUCAGGUGAACGUGAUAGUUUACAAGGAGGUUACACAGGCACUCACGCUCUCGUCAAGCCAUACGAAGCAUUGGCUUGAGGACAACGAUAAGACCGGCAAUAUCAAGGUCUUCAGGCAUCCUGAUCACCUUCCAGAUCGGACCACAUUGGCAUCAAGCUUUAUCUCCAGCAUCAAGCAGAGUGGACUCAGUGCUUCGAAGCUGGCGCAGCUGCCUGGCGAUGCGAUCAAAGGAAUCUACGGGAUGAAUGAUGGCACGGUGCUCUACUGGGCACAUCACGAGAAGCUGUGUCUGAUUGAUGGCCAUGUCGCGUUCAUGGGCGGUCUCGAUCUUUGCUAUGGACGCUGGGACACUAACCAACACUCGAUUGCUGAUGCACACCCCGGAGACCUGAACGAAAUUGUCUUCCCAGGCCAGGAUUACAACAACGCACGUAUCAUGGACUUCAGCGACGUUCAACACUGGGAGGCGAACAAGCUAGACCGAAAGUUCAACAGUCGCAUGGGAUGGUCUGACGUAGCGCUGUGCGCGAAAGGUCCCAUCGUCGAAGACUUGAAAGCUCACUUCGUUCAGCGCUGGAACUUCAUCUACUACGACAAGUACGAUGUUCGACAGGAUGCCAGGUAUAAGCCGCUGGUAUAUGCACCUGUCAGAGCAGGCAUCAUUGGCCACCCUUACCCAUCCGGAGAUGAUGAUUCGGACGUGCAGGGAGAAGGUCAGUAUCACGGCUUCCGUGAACGUAUGAGACAGCAAUAUGAGCAUGGCAAAGCAUGCCUCGAGGAAGGUCGCGACCAGCUGGUAGAGCAGUUUGCCGGGACGUAUCAGAAUUACCCAAGCGGGCCACUGGGUGGCACCCAUGCGCAGAUCACACGGUCAUGUGCGAAAUGGAGUCACGGUGUGGCUCUCGAACACUCUAUCGCCAAUGCUUACAUCGAUAUCAUCGGCCGUAGCGAACACUUCGUGUACAUGGAGAACCAAUUCUUCAUCACAGCUACAGGCGAUCAGCAGUCACCGAUCAAGAACAGAGUGGGCGCGGCUAUCGUCGAGCGAGCACUACGAGCUGCACGGAACAAUGAAGACUGGCAUAUUAUCAUCAACAUUCCGGCAGUUCCAGCUUUCGCAGGCGAUCUGAAAGCCGACGACUCUCUAGGUACCCGAGCCAUCAUGGAGUUUCAGUACUUCAGCAUAAACAGAGGAGGCCACAGCAUUAUGGAGUGCAUUGCGCAAGAAGGAGUCGACCCGAUGCAAUAUGUCCGCUUCUACAACCUGCGAAGCUACGACCGAAUAAACAUAAGUGCUGCGAUGGCCAAUGUGGAGCAGAAGGCAGGCGUCAGCUACGACGAAGCUAGAAUGGGUCACGAUCAACAGUAUGGUCGCGAGUAUGGCGAGGCAGGCCCUCAAGGUCAACCAGAUGCCUACAACCGAUAUCAAGAAGCCGCGCACCAAGCUUAUGGUGAUUCGCCGAGCGAACUCGCAAGUGGUCGCUGGGACUCCGUCGCUGAGUGCUACAUGCUCAAUGGACCAGAUAUUCGUUCAGCCCCGUGGGACGGCGACGCUGAGACUGAGAUGGAUGCCUUCGUCAGCGAAGAGCUGUAUAUCCAUUCCAAGCUGCUGAUUGCGGAUGAUCGCAUCGUGAUCUGCGGAUCAGCAAACAUGAACGACAGGUCCCAACUUGGUUACCACGACUCCGAAAUCGCCAUGAUCAUCGAGGACCCGAUAAAGGUACAGUCAACCAUGGCUGACAGACCCUGGGAAGCGUCUCUCUUCGCAGCUAGCCUUCGCAGACAAAUAUUCCGCAAGCAUUUGGGUCUCCUGCCUGUGCAAGACUACCAGCGCCCAGACCAGAACUUCACCCCCGUCGGCAACCCCAAUGUCUACGACUGGGGCAGCCGCGAGGACGCAGCAGUGGCAGAUCCUGCAUCGCGAAGCUUCCGCGACAUGUGGAACACCACAGCACGCACGAAUACUGAAGCUUUCGCCAAGGUCUUCCACCCAGUGCCCGAUGAUAAGGUCCAGAAUUGGAAGCAGUAUGACGAGUACUACUCUCGCUUCUUCAAGGCUGAGGACGCGAAGAAGGAAGGCCAGGAUCAGCAGCGGCCGAGCUCGUGGAAGUGGGGCCAUGUUGUUCGCGAGGAGUUCUCGCCCGGCCAGCAAGGCGUUGAUGAGAUGAAGGAGAUUUUGAGUCGUGUGAAGGGCAACCUGGUUGAGAUGCCUCUCUUGUUCCUCAAGGAGGAGGACAUCGCGAAGGAGGGAUUGGGCCUGAAUGCGCUUACGGAGGAAGUGUAUACCUGA